AUGCCGGCUUCGUUGCAAGCCAGAAUAUUUUACGGUUUAAAGACUGACAUAAUCUCGAACGCUCAUUACAUUUCGGACGCGGAAAUCUUAUAUCCUGCCGGUAACGUAAUAUCGCUUCAUCAGAUUCCGCAAGGUCGCCAACGAUUGUUACGUUUGCCCGAUAAACGUGAGAUAAACAUUAUUUCCGUUACCCCUAAUAAGAAAUACGUGGCAACUUGCGAGGUCGGAGAAAGACCCACCAUAUCCGUAUACGACGUUCAGACGCUGAAGAGGCGGAAGGUGCUCGGCAUUCCCUACGAGGCACCCGAGGUCACUAAAUUCACCUGCGCCGGGUUCAGUUUCGACAACAAGUACCUGGCAGCGGUGACGGGGGAGCCCGACCAGAAGAUGCUCUACUACAAUUGGGAGAGGGGCAAACUGGAGUCGAAGAUCAAAGUAGGCACUCAGCAAACACCGCCUAACUCGGCGACCGUCGAGUUAUUAGCUUGUAAUCCGUCCGAUGUAGGAGUAGUCGCGGUUGGGGGUUCGCGCGUCUUCAAGCUGUUGAGCCUGUCCGAGACCGUUUGGCGACCGUACGGAUUCUCGAAAGCGGACAAUAUACUCGCGUGCUCCAUGUGUUGGCUGAACUCUGACAGACUGUUGCUCGGGACCAAAGAUGGUAGAAUACUUUAUUUGGAGAACGGCGACUUGAAAAACAUUUACAAAGCCAGCGAGACCGCUUCUAUGAAUCUUCGAAUACGCGAAGAGUACGUUGUACAAACGACCGGCUCGUUGACGGACGCCAAAGAGAAUGCCGAAUGGCCGAACAACGUUCGCUGCCUAACCGCUUUCCCGAAGGGGUUCGCGUUCGCUCACGGCUUCGGAACGGUCGUCCUCUUCGAGAGAGAAGGUUACCAUAAAUACGUGAAAAGGAACGUCUACGCGGUUCCCGCGCAAUCAUCGGAGCACGAUCGUUACGAUUUGUAUCGAGUCAAUAGCAUAAGCGUCAACAUCAGCUUCGAUCAUUUAGCGGUGACCACCGGUUGGCCCCAAUUGUUUCAAGCGGCAUUGUGGGGUCCGGACCUGAGCGCGGAUCCCGAACCGCAGGAAUUGGAGAUCAUGGGCCAAGCGUUGCAUUACGGGCCUAUCGGUAGUUUGUCGAUGUGCGCUUGGAAAUCGAUCUUCAUGACUUGCGGAGAGCUCGAUCACAGCGCGAGGCUGUGGGACUUUGAGUCGGGAAAUUUGAUUUUGUGCAAACAAUACACGGAACGUAUCUGCGGGCUUUCCUUGCAUCCCACUGGAUUGUUCUGUUUAGUCGGCUUCAGCGACAAGCUACGCUUCCUCUCUAUACUGAUAGACGACUUAUUAACCAUGGAAGAAUUUCCCAUAAGAUGCUGCAAGACCGUAACUUUCAGUCACGGCGGGCACUCGUUUGCCGCCGUCAACGAAAAUAUCGUGCAAGUUUACACGACCGUCGACUUUGCCCAUCAUUCGAUUUUAAAAGGACACACCAGCAGAGUGAAAGCUUUACUGUGGUCGCGAACGGACACGAAAUUGCUCACGUUGGGAAGCGAGGGCGCCAUAUAUCAGUGGGAUAUCAAUACUGGCGCACGUACGGCGGAGGUCAUUCUGAAGAACUCGAGUUUGCACGAUAUCGCCCUGUCCGCUGACGAACAGGUCGCGUACUGUAUCGGAGAUGACAGCUUCGUACGCGAGAUCAAGGAAAACGCGGUAGCCCGGGAAUACAAUAUUCCAGGGACGAGCAUGAGCAAUAUGGUGUUAGGGAAACAGGAUCAGGUCUUAUUCGUGGUUUGCGCCGGCGGGAACAUCUUAUCGGUGAAAUACCCUCUUCAAGAGCCGGUAGUCUAUUCGGAAUUCAACGUUCAUUCCGUCCAUGUUACGAAGAUCGCACUUUCGUACAAUCAGCAGUACUUAGUGUCGACGGGAAUCGACGGUAGUUUAUGUAUCUGGAAACUGUACGAUGCCGAGGGGAAGGGAAAGACGGGCAAAGAAGCAAAGUACACGAACGAAGUGUUGAUCGGCAAAGGCGACUUGCUCGAGAAAAUACAGACCGUACAGGACCUGAACGUCAGAAUGAGGGAACGCGAGACCGAGCUCGCGUACAAGACGCGGCAAAUCGAGCUGCAGCACAACGACAAGGUGCGGGAUCUGCACAAAGGCUACUGCGAAGCGAUCGAGGAGCUCCGGGAUAAGAUCGGCAAGCUGAAAGAGGAUCACAGGAACGAGCUGAACAUAAUCAACGCGGAGAUAGACACCAUGAGGAAGGAUCAGAAGGAGACGAUCAAGCGGCUGGAAGUCGGCUACGACGCGAAACUGAUCGCAGAGUACGACAAGUACUUGCAACUGGAGAACCACCUGAACGCCACGCGACAAGAUUACGAGAAACGGCUCGAGGAACUCGAGAAACUCAAAGGGGAUCAGCUGGAGAGCGCCACGGCGAAAUACGAGGCCCUGUUGCACCAGGGGAAAUUGCAACUGGAAGAAACGCAAGACGAAAUGACGCAUCAGGCGAGGAUCCACGAAAAGAUCGCGGCGCGGAUAGAGGACGACGCGGAUCAAGAGAUACUCGAGUUAAGGACGAAUUACGAGAACUUGUUGCGCGAACAGAAAGAGCUCAACUUGAAGCUGAAAGGAGAAGCUGGAAUGAUACGGAACAAAUACAUAGUCAGCGAGAAAUCUGUGCAGGAGUUGAAGAGGCAAGUGCAACGCGUUCAGAGCGAGUACAGUUACUUUCAGACGUUCAUUCGGGAACUCGAGAAGAACAAGCAGGAGCUGAAGCAAGAGAUCGACGAGAGAGAUCUGACGAUUCAGGACAGAGAAAGCCAGAUAUACGAGCUGAAACGUUCGAACCAGGAGUUGGAGAAGUUCAAGUUCGUGCUCAAUUAUAAGAUAACCGAGCUGAAGAACCAGAUAGAACCGCGGGAUCAAGAGAUCAUCGAGCUCAAGGACAAGAUACGGGACAUGGAGACGGAGCUGGUAAAUCUCCAUAAAACCAACGUCAGUUUGGAAUUACAGUUGCACGAAUUGAGGGAGAAACUGGCAGCCGCGAGGCGCGAACUGCAACGCGAGACGCACACGGGCAAAAGGUGUCGGCGACUCUUGAAAAGGAUUCGCGUCGACUUGUUGGACGCGUCCGGGCUUGUGCAGCAGCCGCAGGCGUUGAAGAACGCCGUAACCAAAUUGUAUCACAAGUACAGUGCCAGCGACGAUUUUUUGCGCAGUCGUAAAGCAGACUUUGACGCUCAAUGCGAGUUCGCCAAGCAGAGGGAUCAUCUGGAAAGGACGAUAGCUUCUCUCAGAAAGCAAGUUUUCCGAGAUAAACCCGGCAUAGGUCAGCAGAUGGAUAAAACGAUAGAGGAGAAUAUCGCGUUGAUCACCGAACUGAACGCUUUGAGGGAACAGCUGAAAGACGCGAGGAAACAUAUACUGCACAUGGAAUGUCUCCUCGGUCUGACCGGUAAAGAGAUUACACCUUCGGAAGCGAAACAGAAGUUUCAGAAUGCAUGCUACGGGUACGAACAGUUGCGGAACAACUACAAAGUCGAGAUGCGGGAGUGUCACGAUAUCAUAGACGCGCUGAAGGAUGAUAUGCUCAAAUUGAUAAACAAGUUACCCUGCGAGGAGAAAAUAAUUAAAUCGAACUUUUAG